CCUCUGCAUGCAUUUUCCCAUAACUUCUUUCCAGGAGGAUGCAAUGUUCCAGAUACACUGUUGGUCAUAAGUGUGGUUUGUUGUAACUUGAAUACGUUGUAAGUCAGGGUCUACCGGUAUAUAACAUUUUGAGUGGGACAGAAAGAUUAAAGACAGAGGAGGACAUAAAGUCAUGGGAAGUGUAAGUACUUGUCUGUCUAUCUACGUUGCACGUGCAAACAGGCUGUGCCUCAAACUCUCAGGUAGCCAUUAGACUGCUACGAAUGAGACACAUACACUCACUGGCAUCAACCAUUCUGUGGGUGCUGUGUUCAUCUAUGAUCAAGCUGGAUGCACGAGACACACACUGUUGGCGAAGUGGAAGCCGUUAUUAUUAUUUAUAGAAAGCAAACAGUAAACAAUAACAGAUUCCCAAAAGAGAACUGCCUAUCCUCACCCAAAUUAGCCACUUCCAUUCUUGUGUUGCUGGGCAGGUGCGCCAUGGUUCAGGUUGGAUACUGUAUUCAUGUCAUCAUUGCCUCCUGUUACCACCAUGCUGCUUGGAGGCCCUGCAUGGCUCCUGAGGCUUCUGCUCUGCUGCUGGUCCUCGCUGGCCUCUGCUGCUGGCUCCUGCCAUACUACCCAGGCCUGCAGGGCUCUCUUCCCACCACGCUACCAAGGUCCCCACUGCAUGGGAGACACUCAGGCUUCUUUUGCCCCACACAAGCGUUACAGCUCUUCUACCUCUGCUGGCAAGCCUUCUGCCCAGAGGCAUCUGGCUCCAUCCUACUGUAGGAAGACCUCUGCACAGGAUCCUUCAAGGCAGCCCCUGCACAGGGCACACUCAGGCCUCUGCCCUGCCUAGACAAGUGGUACAACUCUUUUAGCUCCCAGCAUGUCUCCUGCCCGAAGGUGCUCAGCUCUCGCUCCGUGGUCCGGCAAGCCCACCACUGGUGUCUCUUGUCAUCUCGCACCAUCUUCAGUGUUACAGCUCUCUUCUCGGUCCCGGAGGCUCUCAGUGCAGGGACCCCGAACCUCUGUGGGAUUGGCCCUUAUAUAAGCCUACUCCUUGUCAAUUUCGAGGCAUGGUCUUCCCAGCAGGACCACGAACUGACCAAUCCCCUCGGUAGACUGUAAGUCACACAAUUUGCAUAGUCUCAGCCAGUCAUUUUGUGGGAGUUACAAGACCAUGGCUAGAAAAGCCAUAUAAACGUGAUUCAUUGUACCACAGGAAGGAUGUUGUAAACUUAAUUUAAACAUAUGAUGGGAUAUGGUAUUAUAUGAUAGGAUAUUGGAGAGACUUGAACUCAUUUAAAGGCCUAAGGAGCCAGGAGAGGGGAGCGGAUGAAGGGUCAAAAGGAGAUAAUCUGAUGGUCAAGCUUCCUGAGGAUGCAGAAGGAGGAUGGGGUCUCAGGCAUUUCUCUGCCUAGAAUUACCUUCUUGUCUGCCUUUUAACUUCCUCCCCAUCCUUCCUUAUCCAUCUGAAAAGUUUCAUCCUCUGAUCUCUUUGUUCCACUAGCACAGAGCUCUUCGUUCCCUGCCCUAUGUUUCUCCCAAGCCCAGCACACACCUCCAGGAAUGCCCUCAUGCACUGCAUUGUGGUUUUUGUGUACCACUCUGCCUCCCCUAGUAGAAUGUGAGUUCUUCCAGCAUCGAUUGCCUUAUCAUUCAGUAAGGUGCCUGGCAUAUGGGAGCUGCUCAGUUAAUCAGCUUGCUCCACUGCCUGGCACUGUAGCCCACCUGGGUAGUUCAGAGCUCCAAAGCACUUAUUGUUCUUAAUUGUUGUUGAGUUGGCUCUGACUAAUGGCCACCCCAUGUGCGUAGAGUAGAACUGCUCCAUAUAGUUUUCAAGUUUGUGACCCUUUGGAAGCAGAUUGCCAGUCCUUUCUUCUGAGGCACCUCUGGGUUGGUUUGAACUACCAACCUUUCGGUUAGUCAAGCGCUGAACCAUUUGUGCCACCUGGGACUCCAGAACACUUCAGAGCUCCCUAAAUCAGGUAUUGCCUCACCCUCUUCAGAGGGAACAACUUUUUUCUCUAAGUAAAAACACCCUGUCCCGUUCUGGAAUAUUCUAGAACUACUAGUUCCCUUUUGCUUAUUAGUAUACUUAAUAAUGUCACAUUUAUAAUAUUUGUCUCUUGAUCUCAAGGUCUUGAGUUCCCUACCCUCUCUGCAGGAUCUGGUACUAAAUUCACCCCCUUGGGUGUGGUGGGGACAGAUGUAGUUGCUGCUAAUGGAAGUCACACUUCAUGGGAAAGAAUGAUAUUCAGGGGGCACGGUGAGAAUAGAUCAGAGUUCAACAGGGCAUGCACUGGAGAGCAGGUAGAGCCAGCAGGAGAAUUCAGUAGCAGGCGAUACCAAGAGGUACAGAGCGGUAGGUGGCAGGGAGUAGGGUCUUACUGCCUAGGCUCAGAUUCAAGAUUUUAUGUCUCUUCAAGGAAAAAAGGCAAGAGAAAGAUUGGUCCCAAGUCUAGAGAGAAGGACUUGGGCUGUGAGGACAUGACCAGACUCUCAGUGAGGCCUGUCGCUGUGCCCUUAAGGGUUGGAACUCUGUCCUGCCUCAGCUGAGCAUUUGCUCCAGAGUCAGGUCCAUGGUUGACCUGCAGGUGGGGAAAAAGCUGCACUAUAGACAGAAAGGGUCUGAGAUGCCAGAAGCAGGUCACCUGACAGGACAGGGAGGAAGGGCGGUGAAGGACCUACUGCUUUAUGAAAAAAUGUACAAGGUCAAGUUUGCCCAGCAGACAGCACAAGGACAUCACUGGAAAUAAUACCCAGCCUGCUCAGUAGCUGGGCCUAUCCCUCUGCAGUUCCGAUAAGCAUCCAGCAUUUCCCCAGUUUCUGACCCUUCUCUCCCAUUAUGUUGCAGAAAACUCCUCUGCCAUGAUACACAUGAAAAUUCUUCUUUCAAGUGAAUCUCCCUUAGUCCCCUAAUUGGAGUCCUUUAGGAUAUUAAGAACUAUAAAGAACCAAACAUUCAGCUCAGUCAAUCAACACUCAGUGUCAGUUGCUUCAGUCAUAUCAUCAGAUUAUUAUUUUUUUUUCUCUAUAGUUUGGGUGAGAUAAAUCUUAACAAGUGGGUUGGGGACAGAGAGGAUGACACAUUAUUUUUGAGCAUGAAGCACUUGGGAUAAGGAUGGGCUUCCAAGAGGUUCUGAAGGGGCAAAAAGGGCACUCAAGAGCUGGGAGGGAGAAAGCCAGGGAGACUGGUGACAGAAGUGUUUAUGCACGGCCUGAGCACGUCUCAGCCCCAAGCUCUCUCCUCGGUACUUUGCACUGUGGUGCGGGGGCUGAGAUCUGCAAACUGUAUUUCCCACACCUUCUUGACAGUUGGCUUUCUGCCAGUGGGAAAAGUCUGGAGGGAUAGAGGGGAGAAGAGAACACUUUAUGUCUCCAGUCCCUGCCAGUGUCGCUCUAGCCACAGCCCACAGCCUCUGGCUGCUUGGCCCUCCCCGGCUCAGCCACCCCACACGCCCUCAGAAGUAGCAGCACCAGCUGGGGUUGUAAGGGGGAUCACCUCACAAGCUUCUAAUUUCUUGUAGCUCACCUUUUCCUUUUUGUUCCACAGUCUACAAGGUAGCUGCUUUUUGCAUUGCUAUUAUCUGGGUUAUCGUGAUAGUCCCUGUAAGCUCUUGCAACCUUCCAACAUCUAUGAAAUCAUUUCCCUCUCUUUGAAAUACCUACCAUGAUUUUUGUUUUCCUAAAUAGACCCUGACUGUAUAUGUUAUUGUAUUACUUUAUUCAUGUAUGUAUAUAUUUAUUCAUAUGUGAUCAAUUUCUAAAAAAUAUUGGAAGAGGUUUUCAUCAAAAGCAUAUCAAUAUGACCAUAAUUCAGUAACAUAAGAUAAAAGAAAAAGUAAUCUAGAAGAAGAAAUGUUAAAAAUUUUAGGCUGAGAAAAAAUUUUCUUCUUUAUACUGCUUUCUUGCCUCUUACUGGGUAAGGAGAGGGAGCCCUUUCCAAUAAUUUGUGUUAAGUAAAAUGAGUUAUAUUUCCAAAGCAUCUGCAGAGGCUUUGAGCUGCUAAGGAGAAGAGAUAAGUAAGUUGGUCCUUUGUUCAGCAGAUCAUCAUAUCUAAUUUCUAGAUACUGAGAUGGAGGCCUGGAACUUGGUUCCUUAGAGAAUGGACAGCCUGUUGCUGCCUUGCAUAGGUGAUCAGCAAAAACUUUGGAGAAUACCUAGAGCAAGACCAAGUAAGAAGGAAGCAGGGAGGGUCUAAUGAAAUGCACAGCCAACAAAUGACUUCAAAUGACCAAUGAAUUUCAAAUACUGAUAUCUAACUUUCAAUUAAAUUUUUAUUAACUUUAAAAGUAGUAUAUUAAUAUAUGCUCAUCAUAAUGUGUUCAAGCACUUUAAAAGUAUGUAGAGUUAAAAAGGAAAGAAACCCUUCAUUCCUCCUCCUUGAUCCUCUUAAACAUGUAGACAUCCAAAGGGUUCAUACCAUACUUAUUUACUAGUGUUCUUUUUUCACUUAACUAUAUCCUUUUAGUGGCUAAGUAAUAUUCCAUAUUAUGGAUGUACCAAAAUUAAUUAUAAUGUUCACCAAGUGAUGGAUAUUUGGACUGUUCUCAAUUUUCUAAAUUUUUAUAAAAAGCUAUGUCCUUGUGAUUUAUCUUCUUACACAUGAGCAAGUGAUUCUGUAGGAGAGAUUCCUAGAAGGGGGAUUAUUAGGCCAAAAGGUAGGCACAUUUAAAUGUACUGACAAACUGCUCUAACAAAAUGUCCCUGUAAACCUUCCCAUGAGAGCACAUGCUUCCCCAUGUCCUCACAGUUGGGUAUUAAUCUUUAAAACUGCUUUCCAAUCUAACUGGCAACACACGGCACCUCUUUGUAAUUCACAUCCCUUGAUUAACAGUGAGGCUGAACCUCCUUCAAUACAUUCAUUGGCCAAGUGUAUCCUCUUUUCUGUGAAUUGCUUUUUUAUAUCCUUUGUUUAACUUUUAUGUUGGCUUGUUCAUUUCUCUUACUGAUUUGUAGAAAUUUCUUACAUCCAUGGAUUUGAAUCCCUUUUGUUACAUACGUUACACAUAUUUUUGGCUUUAUCUUCAUCUCCAUGGCAUAUCUGGGAAGAUGUGAGAUAAUGCCAUAGGCUGGUUUUGAGCUGAAGAGUUCUUCAGAGAGAAGGCAGCCAAGGCAAAGAAGAAGAGAUGAAGGAUGGAAAAAAGGGUCUGUCUUCAGUUACUUCUGCGGGGUGAGAGGGCAGUGAUGCAUUGAGGAAAAAGAGCAUGCUUUGGAAACCAAGGGGCUAUGGUUCACCCCUUAGUAACAACGUGACUUUGGAGAAGUUGUUCAACCUUUCAGAGGCUCAGUUUCUUCUACACAAGAGUGCAAGUAAUAACAUUUACUUUAUAUAGAGUUGUUGUGUGGAUUAAAUGAGUUGUUAUUGUUAGUUGCUGUUGAGUCAGUGUCCACCCAUUACAGAACAAAAUGUUGCCCAGUCCUGCACUAUCUUCAUGUAAAGAACUUGCUUCAUUAUUAAUAAACAAUAAAAAGUUUACAGUUGAGCCCAAUAAAAUGAUAGGUACAGAUAUCUUUUGACCAUCUAAAAGGUCUAUGAACCCAUAUGUUGAUGUUAGUUUAACACAUAAUGCACUGAAAGUCUAUGAGGUCUGUUAGCCCUUUGUUAGUUCUGAGUUUGGAGACUGGAAUUCUCUUGAGAGUUUCAGGUCACCUUCCACUGGUCAAUGAUUUGCAAAUGAGAGCACUGGGGUUGGAAGAGAGGAGGAGACUAACUCAGGACUAGAAGAAAAGUAUUGGGGACAACAUAACUGAACUAUUGCAAAGGUGAAAUGCAGGAUUUUUCUUCACUAUGGCUGGAACAAAGACACUUUUGAUUCUGGAAAAUUUCAUAGGUGGAAAAUUUUUACCUUGUAACUCAUAUAUAGAUUCUUAUGACCCAUCUACAGGGGAAGUCUAUUGCAGAGUGCCAAAUAGUGGAAAAGCAGAGAUUGAAGCCGCAGUGGAGGCCGCCAGAGAAGCCUUUCCGGGCUGGUCAGCACAGAGUCCCCAGGAGCGCUCACAGGUCCUGACCCGGCUGGCGGAUUUGCUGGAGCAGUCCCUGGAGGAGUUCGCCCAGGCAGAGUCCAAAGACCAAGGGAAAACCGUAACACUGGCGAGAACCAUGGACAUUCCCCGCUCUGUGCAGAACUUCCGGUUCUUCGCUUCGUCCAUCCUUCACCACACGUCAGAGUGCACACAGAUGGACCACGCGGGCUGUCUGCACUACACUGUGCGGACUCCGCUAGGGAUCGCUGGCCUGAUCAGUCCUUGGAAUUUGCCGCUCUACUUGCUGACCUGGAAGAUAGCUCCGGCGAUUGCUGCUGGGAACACUGUGAUAGCCAAGCCCAGUGAGCUGACUUCAGUGACCGCGUGGAUGUUGUGCAAACUCCUGCAUAAAGCAGGGGUUCCACCAGGUGUGGUCAACAUUGUGUUUGGAAUGGGGCCCAUAGUAGGUGAGGCCCUGGUGUCCCACCCAGAGGUGCCCCUGAUCUCCUUCACGGGGAGCCAGCCUACAGCCGAGCGGAUCACACAGCUGAGCGCCCCCUACUGCAAGAAGCUCUCCCUGGAGUUGGGUGGAAAGAAUCCUGCCAUUAUCUUUGAGGAUGCUAACCUGGAGGAGUGUAUUCCUGCCACUGUCAGGUCCAGCUUUGCCAGCCAGGGUGAAAUCUGUCUCUGUACCAGUAGGAUCUUUGUCCAGAAGAGCAUCUACAGUGAAUUUUUAAAGAGGUUUGUAGAAGCUACCAGAAAGUGGAAAGUUGGCAUUCCCUCUGAUCCAUCAGCCAGCAUGGGAGCACUGAUAAGUAAAGCUCAUUUGGAGAAAGUCAGAAGUUAUGUUGAGAAAGCGCGUGCUGAAGGGGCCCAAAUUCUGUGCGGUGAGGGAGUGGAUAAGUUGAGCCUACCUCCCAGAAAUCAAGCCGGCUACUUUAUGCUUCCCACGGUGAUAACAGACAUUAAGGACGAAUCCUGUUGCAUGAAGGAAGAGAUAUUUGGUCCGCUGACGUGUGUCGUCCCCUUUGACAGUGAAGAGGAAGUGAUUAAAAGAGCCAACAGCGUUAAAUAUGGCCUGGCAGCUACUGUGUGGUCCAGCAACGUGGGACGUGUCCACCGGGUGGCGAAGAAGCUGCAGUCAGGUUUGGUCUGGACCAACUGCUGGCUCAUCAGAGAGCUGAACCUUCCUUUCGGGGGGAUGAAGAGUUCUGGGAUUGGCAGAGAAGGAGCCAAGGACUCUUAUGACUUCUUCACUGAAAUCAAAACUAUCACUGUUAAGCACUGAUCCUUGCUGGUGGAGACACUGUUCUAGUUCUGUCUAGUUGACCCCAACUCAUGUUUAAUGCCCAGCUGAAGAGAAUUAGUUGUCCAGAUGUGGUGAACGGGAAUACUGGCAUAAAUCCCAGCCAUGUCUUGACUCAGCAGAAUGUUAUUUCUAGCUUAUCCUCAGUAGUUAGUACUUUUACCCAUCAGUUAAGAGGUGCUGCCUAUUUUCAGCACAGAGUCAGUGAAGAGAAGACUUCUGAAUAGGAAGGCACAGAAAGGAAGCCAAACAAUCUUGUCUCCUCACAUGUUGUGUCUUCAUAGUUUUAUAUAUAUAUAAUUUUGAUUAAAUUGAGAAUUCAUAUUUUUUCAUUUGCAAGUAUAUGGUUAAAAAAAUCCAAAGGGAAACAGAUCACUAUAAUUUCUUACCUUGGGGAGAUUGUCCAGAUGGUCUCCCUAUCCAUUAGCCACUAGCAUUGCUGAUUGAUCAUUGACUAUAUCUUAUCACAUACGAGGGUGGUAAAUGUCUUUGAUAAACAUAACACUUAAUUUUUUAGAGAAGGCAUAUAUGGUAGUCCUCAUUUGUCUGUAUGAGAGCAAUGAAAAAUAAAAUUAAUACUAUUUUCAUGGAAACUUGUAACGAGAAGAUGAAAUAGUUUGAUCUAUUUCUAGUGUCAUGUCUAAUCAAUUCCAAUUCUUAGCGUAUGUAGCUUUUGAGGCUGGAGUUUACUAAGCCUAAAAAAAGUAAUAAAUGUUAAAUAGUUUUCAUAAUCAGUAUGGCAUAUACCUUCUUCUUGAAUUGUCUUUUAUUCUUCCUUAUCUCCACGGUCUCAGGAGUAUGGACUUUAAGCAAUAAAGGUAUCUCCAGCACUUUUUCUUGUCCCUCAGAUGAUCUGAGGAGAAAACGGAGGUUUACAGAAAUUAAGUAACAUGCUCAAGAUCUCACAUUGGUAUGUAGUAGAGGUGGGAUUUGAACCCACAGCUCUCAGACUCCAUGAUCUCUAACCAGUCUUAGAUUGUGCUCCAGAAGUACUGAAGUACUUGUGGUUUCUGGAACACUUCACGUUUUCAGCAUGCUUUGUCUCCUCUCCUCCCUCCUUCCCGACUCUCCUCAGUGUGGGGGAGGGUCCCCUCCACAGUGGCCACAG